AUGGCCAACGUACUAGCGAAUAGCCAAGUUUUUUGCGUCAUUUCCAUGGAUCAUCUUCUCUUGGCUUCCGUCUCCAUUGUGGUAGCCACCAUGCUCUUCUUGAUCAUCUUCAUCAAGAAAGUAUUCAGCAAGUCCGAAGCCCAAUAUCCGCGACCUCCCCCUGGUCCGUGGAGGUUGCCCAUCAUCGGAUGCAUGCACCACUUGGCCGGCCAAAUCCCCUUCCGCGCAUUCCGCCGCCUCUCUCUCACCUACGGGCCUCUCAUGCUUGUCAGAAUUGGCCGGGUAGACUUCGCGGUGGCCUCCUCCCGGGAAACCGCUCAAGAGAUCUUGAAGAACCAAGACCCCAACUUCGCCGCGCGGCCGGAGCUCGUCGUAGGAGAUAUCGUCUUCUACGGUUGCUCCGACGUUAUCUUCUCCCCCUUUGGCCCCUACUGGAAGCAACUGCGCUACAUCUGCUUCAUGGAGCUGCUCCGAACCAAGCGCAUCCGGUCUUCCGCCUCCAUCAGGGAGGAAGAGACCCUUUACUUGAUCCGAGACAUCUCCACGGCAACACAACCGAUCAACCUGAGACAGAAGCUCCUCAGAAUGUCCAACGCAGCCAUAUCCAGGGUGGCGAUUGGUUCACGAAGCAAGCACCAGGAGACGUUCAUCUUGGUCGCCAGGGAGGUCAUCGACGUGCUGGGAGGGUUCUAUGCCGCCGACAUGUUUCCGUCGCUGAAGAUCCUCCACGUCCUGUCAGGAGCCAAGUUCAAGUUGCACAGGAUACGCCGGAGGCUUGACAAGAUCUUAGAUGACAUAGUUAAGGAGCAUGAGGUUAAGGCCAAGAUGAACAAAGGUCGGGAAGUAGCCGAAGUGGAGGAGGACAUAGUCGAUGCGCUACUAAGGCUUAAAGAUGAAUCCGAACUAGAAGUUCCGAUGACCAUGGACGGAAUAAAGGCUGUGAUGCUUGACAUGUUACUCGGAGGGACCGAGAACUCAUCUGCAGUGAUCGAAUGGGCCAUGUCGGAGCUGAUGAGGAACCCCAAGAUAAUGGAGAAAGCACAGAAGGAGGUGAUGGAAGAGCUGAAGGGAAAGAACAGGAUACAAGAGACCGACAUCGUGGAGCUGAACUACCUCAAGUCGAUCGUUAAGGAGACACUAAGGCUUCACCCACCUGUCAGCCUGAUACCAAGAAUGUGUAGAAAGACGUGUGAGGUGCUCGGCUACGAGAUAGAAGCCGGCACUCGAGUCUUGGUCAAUGCAUGGGCAAUCAACAGAGAUCCAGAGUACUGGGAAGAGGCCGAGAGCUUCAUGCCGGAGAGGUUCGAAGGUAAAUCCGUUGAUUUCAAAGGAGGUAACUUCGAGUACUUGCCGUUCGGUGCUGGAAGACGGAUAUGCCCUGGAACGGAGUUUGGGCUCGCCACCGUACACCUAUCCUUGGCGCAGCUCCUCCUCUACUUCGACUGGAAACUGCCGGAUGGCAAGAAACCAGAGGAGUUGGACAUGAGCGAGACCUACGGAGUUACUGAGUGUGAUACAAGGAUAAAAGAGAGAGCUGCGGAACUGAUGGAGCAGAUAAGAAGCAUGUCCAAGGAUCCUACUGACAUCUUGCAAACUAUGAAUUUGGUCGAUUCAAUCCAGCUUCUUGGAUUGGAUUAUCACUUCGAGAAGGAUAAGUGA